UUUGUUUCAUUAAAGAUAUUGGCAAUAAGUUUUAUUAAUGUUAAAAAUAUGAAAUUCGCAUCUAAGCAGGAGUUCUUCUCAUGGCUCUGCAGCGUCACAGAUGCAUUGUGGGACUCAAUGAAAUUUAGUUUGCACAGGAAAAUGGUCACAAAAUUCGACGCUCUUAUAUUGAAUUAACUGUUCAACUGGUUGACGAUUGUCACCUGUAUGUUGACAGAAUAUUAGUUCAAUUGUUAAAAUAUCCGGCUAAAUAGGAAAACCGGUGUCUCGUCUCACAGUUAAACGAAAAAUCAGCAAAAAAUGGAUGGCCUUAACGGUGAACUGCUGAAGCAGGAUCCUUCACAGAAGAAGCAUAACUACAAGCUAAUAAUUGAUCCGAUGAUCCAUCGAGGCGGCCAGAAGAUAUACAGAUUUGAUGGAGUUGAUCCUGCUGACAACACCAUGAUAUCAGUCAAAGACCCGAGGCCAAGAUAUUUGAGGUUUUGGUCAAAGAAAUAUCCUGCAGACCUUCCAGUUCCUAAAUUUAAGUUUGACGAACACUACAUAGGUAUUCCACCCCCAAAUGAAGUGACAUUUAUCAAUCUCAAUGACAACAUCAACAAAGAGUUCCUAGAGAAAAUGUGCGAACCGUUUGGCAAGUUGGAGGAGGCCAAAAUUUAUUACAAUCCCAAAAACAAGAAACACAUGGGCAUCGGAAAGGUUGUUUUUACAAGCUCCAAAGCUGCCAAGGCAUGUGCUGCCAAGCUGCAUAACACUUCCAAAAUGGGCAACAUUAUGGAGGUGUUUGUUGACCAACUAGGGACUGAGAGGCAGAAAAUCAUUGACAGCCUUCUUGAGGACAAACCGAAAGUCACUUCCAUGAAGCCACCAUCGCCAAAGAUUGAUCCACGAACAGGUCUUCCCCUAGACAUUUCAUCGGCGCUCCAUAUUGAUCACGAGACUCCUGUCAUUCCGUUACACCCACAGCCACCUCCCCCAGUGUUCAAUGCUGGCAUUGUUGACCCCCUGGGGCUAAACCUGCCCCUUUCUAAACCACCACAGAUUCCAUUCGAACAGACACCGUCAGACUAUAGCUUCAGCACUAAUCACUCUGACCAAGGGUACAUAACUACACCUGGAUCAGGUCAUUUUAAUAGCAGUAAUAAUCAGUUUGGGUUUGGUGGCCCGCCACCAGGGGGUCCACCAGUCAAUGAUCCUAGAAGGGCUGGGGCAAUAGGGAACUCCAGGAAUCAUGGGUUCGGUAAUACACCAAGUGUUGGUAGCAGUUAUGGGAAUACCCCAGGGACGUCUAUAGGGAAUACCCCACAUAGUUUUGAUAGCGGUGUUCCUAGAACUCCAAUAACGCCGCAAACGCCCCACGAUCAUAUGCAGCAGAAUGACUUUGAUGUAAAUCAUGAAGGUAGACGGGGAAAGAACCGACGGGAUAGGAAAGACAGUUUUAAUAGUAGGGAAGGAAAAAACAGUUAUAAUAACAAAAGGGAUACAGGUAAUAGGGAUAAUAGCUAUAACAAGCGUGAUAACUUUAAUAGUUAUAAUAGUAGAGAUAGAAAUAACAAAGACAAUGAAUAUAACAAAACUAGAAACAGUGAAUGGAGAAAUGAUCGCUAUGGUGGUAGGGAGGACCGAGGCGACAGAAAUCAACGAGACUGGAAAAGUAAUAGGGAGGAAUGGAAUAAAGACCAAAAAAAUAACCGGUACAAUGAUAGAGAGAGAGAUAGAAAUAGAACUGAAAGGAGCAAUGGACGUAGUUACAGUGAAAGUGAGGGAUCUCUACCAGCUCGUAACACUCCCCUAGACACACCGGCUGUGUACCCACCCCCACCCCCUCAAGAGGAAGAACUUAUGGCCCCUAUCACUACACAGAUGUUUGCUGCACCGCCCCCGAAACCUCCUAAUCCACCAACCCUAAUAAUUCCACCACCACAGGUACUUUUAGAACCAGUCCAGCCAUCUACACUAAUCCAGGCUGCCUUAGCUCCUGUAGAGGAAGAAGAUACCCGCAGCAUGAGUCUGGAUUCUCGAAUUCAGAGUCUCCUGUCUGGUUUCAAGAGUCCGGAGCCUGCUGUCCCAAAAACACCGCCCUUCGCAAAGCAGGUGGCCCCAAAUCACUCUUCCAUGGAUGCAGCUAUUUCUCUGUACAACCAAGGCAUUCCACAAGCGGUUGGGUCUCCGGAUGACGAUGAUAGAAUGAGUCUUGAUUCAACUGGAAGUGCGGGUGAGCCUGGUGCAAUAGAGGUCCACGCUGUUAACACGUCACUGCCACCACCUUUACCCACAGACUUUCCAAACUCUAAUGCUCAAGUUACAAGCUGGCAACAGCAAAACGAUCUCGGGAAAUUUAACACAGGUAUGCCUCCUGGCUUCAUGAAUAAUGUUCCAAAUGGGAAUUUCAAUCAGAAUUUUGUGAAUCAGUUUAAUAAUGAUAUUAACAACAAAAUGUACCAGCCAGUAGAUCCGAAAGAAGAGGCUGAUAAACACGAAGUUACAUUCAGUGAUGUUCUUGAAAACUUUGUGAAGGAACUUAAGGAGAUAAUGACCAAGGACUUGUGUAAGAAGAUGGUGGAAGCAUCAGCUUUCAAAUGCUAUGAGUCUUGGUGGGAUAAGGAAGAAGAAAAAACUAAGAUUCAGAAGCCCAGUGUAGAAAAGUUUAAGCCAGAGGAAAAACCAGCGGUCACGACAGAGGUCACCCCGUCCCUCCAAGGCCUUUUUGCGCAGACUGACCGUGUGCGACACCCAUGGAGCAAGGAGGGGGAGUUCAACAUCGCUGCCACCUACGUCAACAGCAAUAUGGGCUCCGGGCCAAUGGGCGGUAUGGGAGGCUUCUUGGGUAUCCGGUCGGGAAUGCCUCGGCUGCCAUCAUUUAAGAAAAAAGUGGUUCAGAAGACACCAGAGGAGAUAGAGAAAGAAGAGAGGCGAGCGCGUCGUGAGCAGGAUCGCCAAGAACGCCGUGAGAAGAAGAGGCGGGAACGAGAAGAGAAGCAGAAAGGACGCGAAAGUCAGACAGAGGAGAGUCAGAGGGAAGAGUCAGAGCGAGAUGAGGACAGUUCAAAGGCUAGGAAGAAGGCUGUGUUCAGUAGCAGUGAAAGCAGUGGGUCUUCAGAGGAAGAAUCGGAAGAAGAAGAGGCAGUGUCUAGUGAUGCUGGAAGUGACUCAAGUGAAGAGGAGAGCUCAGCUGUGUCAUCGUCGUCAGGAGACUCAUCGAGUGAGGAAGAUAGUGAUGAAGAUGAUGAGGAUGAGAGUGGCAGUGGGUCUGACGCGGAGGUCGGCAGUUCAGACGGGGAAUCUUCAUCCGACCAAGAAGGCAGCGAGAAGGAGAUGAAGGUGGCCAACAAGUCUAAACGGAAGGAGAGCUAUUACCCAAAACCGCUUUUAAAACCCUUGACAGUGAGGUCAGAAGAUGUCAAGGUGACUUCCUCCACGUCUUCAUCCUCAGCCAGUGAGGCAGAAGAGGAGGAGGCCCAAAAAGAUGCAGGGGAGGUAACCACACAGUCAGAGGCUGAGGACAUGGCUGAGCGAUCUCAAACAGAGGAGGAGGAAAAUGGAAGUGGUGGGAAAGAACCUGCUGACAGACUAUCAGAGACUCCGGUGGAUGUGGAAACUGUGCAAUCUAAUGAAGACAGCAUGGAGACUGAUCAACCAUCGCAACCCAUUGAAAAAUCUACACCGAAACAACCUCAGAAACGUGGCAGAAAGAAAUCUGUGCCUCAGAAUGACCAAGAAGAGGACAAUGAAAUCGAUGAUGAACUCAAAGGUCACCGUCUGGUGUGGAUCGAUCACAACUACUGCCAAGUGCCACCUCCCAAUUUGCUGGCAGAAUGGACUCGAGAGUAUGAGAAAACUCAGAAACUUAUUCAGGAGAUCGAGCAGAAAACCGUCGAGCAGCAAAAAGAGAUCACCAAAUCUGCAGAAAAAGUCAAAAAAGGUCGAAAGCGUAAGAAUACUUUGGAGGCUCUUGCGGAUAUCACUAAUCAGCGGUUGCCUCAUAAUUCAUUGUGCGCGCACAGAGUACUACAAUUGAGCAUGAAGAGAAAGCUUCCUACCUCCAGCACGCCUACAACCAACAGAAAGCUGUGGAGAGGGCCAAAGCAUGAGGAAUCAGGCACUAAGCCAAAGCAGCAAGUGUCCUCAGUCAGGGACUUGCGGCAUGAAAAUCGUAGACUGCACGUGCAGUUGGCAGAAUUUGAGUUUUCUGGUGAUCUCUUCAAGUUUAAUCAACUCAAGUUCCGUAAGAAAGCGCUUAAGUUUGGUCGCAGUGGUAUACAUGACUGGGGCCUAUUUGCGUUGGAGCCUAUCUCCCAGGACGAGAUGGUGAUUGAAUACGUUGGUACGAGCCUGCGUCAGUCAAUGGCAGACCUUCGGGAAAAACAGUAUGAGGCGAGUGGUAUCGGCAGCAGCUACAUGUUCCGUGUUGACGGAGAGACAAUUAUCGACGCCACUAAGACCGGAAAUCUUGCCCGCUUCAUUAACCAUAGCUGCAAUCCUAACUGUUAUGCAAAGGUGAUCACAGUAGAUGGCCAAAAGAAAAUUGUGAUAUAUUCUCGACGGGACAUUAACGUCAAUGAGGAGAUAACUUAUGACUACAAGUUCCCCAUAGAGGAUGAGAAGAUACCGUGUCUGUGUGGUGCAUCAACAUGUAGAGGGACACUCAACUAGGGCGCCUUGCAGACUUAUUCUGUGGGCCUUUAUCCUUACCUGCGACUUAAUUGAGCUUGGCUUGCCAAAUAAAGGACUGUAUUUUACAGCUUUUGCACUUGGGUUACCUAUUCCAAGGUCAGGCUCAUUAAAGUGCUGCCUUGGGCCAAUUGGGGCUAGUUACUUAUCAAAGGCAUAUACAUGUACCGAGAACUCUGGUUGCCCUUUCUGAGCUCAUGCUCGCUAUCUAGAACACCAAGGUAAUCUUUCAUGUGCAUGUAUUCCACAGCUGGGGCACACGUUAAUUUAUGGUUGAGCCAGAGUGGUUAAGAACGUUGUAAGUUCAAAGCUUGUUGUUCAAGUAUUGGCUCUUACCUGACCAACCCUGAGCAUGUAUACAAUAUUUUGCUAGAAAUGCCACCAAGAUACUUCCAUGUCAGGUCAACACAUCCUGGUCUUACUUAAAUAAUUUGUCCUUAAUUAUUAUAACAGUAUUACAUUGCCAUCGAGCUAAAAAAAUAGGUUUAAAAUAAUUGAAGACUUUCAUUUAGUGACUUGCAUACUUAUGCAGCUAACAUGUAUUGAAUCAUUUCUUCAAAGGCAUUCAAAAUGCUGGUGUACUAAACCAUUGGGUAGCAAGUUUCAAGUAUGGAGAAUGCAUGCAUUUUUAUUGCAAAAAGAUAACAUUGUUGAUGAUAGAAGUUUGUAUUGAUUUUAUGUAUUAUGAUGUUUACAGUGUGAAAACCACAACCUCAAGUAGAUUUAUGUGUUAAUUUAAAGCUUUUAUGUUAUUUAUACACAUGUUUUGGUAUAGAUUUUGCACAUAAGUAGAUGUGUAGAAGGCAAGACAUUUACACGAUUAAGUUCUGCUUUGGUGGGUAAUACUUCAUUGUUAAGAAUAUUAUCAUGCAUAUUAAAGAUAAAUAAAAAUUUGCCUUAAUCUGGGAAAAUUGAUUUAAUGCAUUAGGUGUCAUCCCAGAUUAGCCUGUGCAGAACACACAUGAACUUCUAUAAGUUGCAACAGUAUUUUCGCUUUAAAAAGAUUUGUGUUAACCAAAAUUACUAUACAUGUGUAUAGUGUCGCCCAAAUAAAUGUUGACGACACUUUUAUACAUGCAUCAGCGAGGCACAAAUAUGGUUACAUGAAUCGAAGCUGUACAUUAUCUCUGCUUAUUUGUUAGUCCGCAAAUAUAAAACAAUGUUCAAGUCAUGUAUAUUAGAACAGCAUUCAGCAAAAUGUUGGCUGAUUGACAAUAUUUGAUGAACUUUAGCCAUUCAGAAAUUGUAAUGUUAUUGUUUGUCUGGACUCUUUAAAACGACCGUAUUCAGUGAACAUUGUCAGAAAUGUAUUUGAUUAUGCCUGGCUAUGAAAGAAAACAAUCAGUCACUUCUCUGUUAGUGACCAUAUGUUUGCUCUUCCCUAAAUCCUAACUAUUAUUGUUCCCUUUGCAGAAGAAAAAUACACUCAUCAUUGUUCAGUAAUGGAUUUAUUUAAAGAGAGAUCAUGCAUUAAUUUGUACAGUGUUCCAAGCUUGACAUUUUUGUUAAUCUGCAUAUAGUGCUACUAGCUCCUAAAACCAGUUUGAAAACAGUACCUGUAUGUUAAAUUUUAAACCCAAUUUUCAUGUCAGAAGUUCCCAAAUAGUAUGUUAAAUUUCAAACUAAUUAUUGUGGCAGCUGUUCCAAAACAGUACAUGUGUAUAUUAAAUUUCAAACCAAUUCCUGUGGCAGCAAUUCCAAUGCAGUGUUUUUCUGAUGGUCAUUAUCCUGUAAAUUUGAGACCAUAACAACCAUGCAGUUGAUUGUGUUGCUUUCCAUUUUUAAUGUCGAUAGUUUUUACUUACUGAAGUUUUGUUGGUAUUCCCUAAAUCAUAAUACAUAGACAUUCAAACUUGCAGAUGUAAAUAUUUUCUUCUAUAUGGGCUCUGUGAAAAUGGGGUUUAAUGCAUGCACGUUGAGUGUUGUCCCAGAUUUGCCUGUGCAGUCCACACAGGGUAAUCAGGGACAACACUCACCACCUAAACGGGAUUUUUGCUAAGAAGAGACUUUCUUCAAAAGAAAAAUUCUAUAAAAGCGGAAAAUGUAGUCCCUGAUUAGCCUGUGCAAACUGCACAGGCUAAUCUGGGACAACACUUUACUUACUUGCAUAAAACCCCUUUUUCACGGAGCACAGCCCAUAUGCAUUCCAACAAUACUGCCAUCUGCCCACAUGUGGUAUAGUUCACACUAGACAAAGUUAUAGCCCCUCAUAAGACUCUUGUACACUUGAGCCGCAUUCUGGGAAAACUGGGCUUAAAGCAUGUGCGGAAAGUGUGGUCCCUUUAAUGUGUCUUUAAUGAAGUUUUUUAAUUUAACGGAAAUCCCUUCUAAAAGAAAAUCCAUCCAGUCUGAAAGUGUUGCCACUUAUUACACUGUGUGGACAGCAUAGACACACACAAUUUUAAACCCAGUUUUCUAAGAAGUUGGUUUUCUGUAGUUCAUAUUUUGCAUACAAAUAUAUGUUUCAGAAGUGCAAAAAUUGAAUUAUAUUUAUGCCCCCCUUUGAAGAAGAGGGGGUAUAUUGUUUUGCUCAUGUCGGUCCGUCCGUAUGCCUGUAUGUCCGUAUGUCCGUCCACCAGAUGGUUUCUGGAUGAUAACUCAAGAACGCUUAGGCCUAGGAUCAUGAAACUUCACAGGUACAUUGAUCAUGACUGGCAGAUGACCCCUAUUGAUUUUCAGGUCACUAGGUUAAAGGUCAAGGUCACAGUGAGCUGAAAUAUUAAAAUGGUUUCCGGAUGAUAACUCAAGAACGCUUAGGCCUAGGAUCAUGAAACUUCAUAGGUACAUUGAUCAUGACUAGCAGAUGACCCCUAUUGAUUUUGAGGUCACUAGGUCAAAGGUCACGGUGACCCAAAAUAGUAAAAUGGUUUCCGGAUGAUAACUCAAUAAUAAUUAGGCCAAGGAUCAUUAAACUUCAUAGGUACAUUGAUCAUGACUCGCAGAUGACCCUUAUUGAUUUUCAGGUCACUAGGUCAAAGGUCAAGGUCACAGUGACAAAAAACAUAUUCACACAAUGGCUGCCACUACAACUGACAGCCCAUAUGGGGGCAUGCAUGUUUUACAAACAGCCCUUGUUACUUAUGUCUUCUAAUGGUAUGAACACAUGGUUUUGUACAUGUGAAUUUUGAAAAUUAAAUAUGACAACACACCAAUGUAAAAUAUAAACCAUCAAUGAAAAUACACCAAUGGUCAUUUUAGUCUGUAGAAGUUACAACAAUUUUCAUUUGAUUUUACAUUAAUGUCAAGUGUAGUUGUAGGAACUGAUAAUGAAAAAAUAGGUAACUGGAGCAUGAAUGUCUUGCAUUAUUUUUUACUUUCAUUUUCAGUAUAAUCAUGUAUAUGUACAGCGUUCAAUACUUGUUUUUAGUUACUUAAGCUGUAUAUAUUUUAUGUAUUCCAGUAAAUGUACAACAAAUGAGUUGAAAUGUUCUUUGUUAAAACUUGUUGCAGUUUAAGAAAGUUAUGCUUUACUAUGACUUUGGGAUUGACAAUUGGAAAACCAUAUUUUUUGGAAUAAUUUUUUUAUGGUUUAGUGUUAAAAAAGUUUAGGGCAAAUUGAAAUAUAAUAAAGAAGUUUAAAUAUAUGCAAAUACAUAUAUACAUAAAAUGUUAUGCCUGAUAUACUUGAAAUGUUUUAUUGCAGGAAACAGGUAUUGGUGAUGAUGUAAUAUCUAUCUGCAAGCAAAUAUUCUUCAGACUUAAUUUACAGCAUUUAUCCUCAUAAAUUAAUAUGUAUUAUUGACUUUGUAAAUUGAAAAGAGAGAAGAUUCUUGGGAAUACAUGUAUUAUGUUCUGUAGCUUGAAUUUUUUUUAAGCUCACCUGAUUGCUCAGGUGAGCUUUUGUGUCCGGUCUUUGUCCGUCGUAUGUCCGUCCGUCUGUCCGUUAACAUUUGCUUCUAAACAUUCUAGAGGCCACAUUUCUUGUCCCAUCUUCAUGAAACUUGGUCAGAAGCUUUGUCCCAAUGAAAUCUCGGCUGAGUUCAAAACUGGGUUGUGCCGGGUCAAAAACUAGGUCACUAGGUCAAAAAAAAGAAAAACCUUGUAAACACUGUGGAAGUCACAUUUCAUGCCCAAUCUUCAUGUAACUUUGUCAAAAUGUCUGUCUUAAUGAUAUCUUGGUUGAGUUCAAAAGUGGUUCUGAUCCGUUGAAAAACAUGGCCGCCAGUGGGCGGGGCAGUUUUCCUUAUUUGGCUAUAGAAAACCUUGUAAACACUAGAAGUCACAAUUUUUGCCCAAUCAUCAUGAAAGUUGGUCAAAACAUUGGUUUUAUUGAUAUCUCGGAUGAGUUUGAAAAUGGUCAGGAUCGGUAAAAAAUAUGGCCGCCAGUGGGCGGGGCAUUUUUCUCUAUAUGUAUAUAGUGAAAACAUGAGAACACAGUAGAAGUCACAUUCUUGGCCCAAUUUUCAUUAAAUUUGCUCAGAACAUUUGUUUCCUUGAUACGAAAGUUUGAGUUCAAAAAUGGGUCUGGUCAGUUGAAUAACAUGGCUGCUGGGAGGGGGGCAGUUUUCUAAUUAUGCCCCCCCCCCCCCCCCCCCCCUUCGAAAAAGAAGUGGUAUGUUGUUUUGCUCAUGUCGGUCCGUCCCUCCACCAGAUGGUUUCUGGAUGAUAACUCAAGAGCCCUUAUGCCAAGGAUCAUGAAACUUCAUAGGUACAUUGAUCAUGACUCGCAGAUGACCCUUAUUGAUUUUCAGGUCACUAGGUCAAGGUCACGGUGACCUGAAAUAGUGAAAUGGUUUCUGGAUGAUAACUCAAGAAUGCUUAUGCCUAGGUUCAUGAAACUUCAUAGGUAUAUUGAUCAUGACUCGCAGAUGACCCCUAUUGAUUAUCAGGUCACUAGAUCAAAGGUCAAGGUCACAGUGCCAAAAAACGUAUUCACACAAUGGCUGUCAAGGUCACAGUGACUCAACUUUGUAAAAUGGUUUCCGGAUGAUAACUCUAGAAUGCUUAUGCCUAGGAUCAUGAAACUUCAUAGGUACAUUGAUCAUGACUCGCAGAUGAAAUAAUAAUGAAACUUGACCAGGAUGUUUGUUUGGACAAUAUCUAGGUCAAGUUUGACAUUAGGUAAAGAUUGAAUGAACCGACUCCUCUCAGGUGAGCAAACUAGGGCCAUCUUGGCCCUCUUGUUUAAAUAUGGGUUUAAAAAAAUCCUUUGUGGUUUUAGUAUUUUUCAUGUAUGAAUAUUAUUUUCAUGUGUACAUUUUUAUCAUGUAUGUAAAUGUAAAUCAUGAAAUUUUUACACCAUGUGCUAAGUAAAAGUGUGUACCACAAGCUAAAUGAAUUGUUGAAAUUGUGUUUCAUACUUCAAUUUUUUGAAGGACAUCUAUAAAUGAAAUAAAUACAAAAUAUGAAACCAAAAAAAAUAAAAAUGGGUAAAUUA